CACUGCUGCGGACUGGAGCCGAAGCUCGGUGUGCAGAGCUCAGACCUGCUGCAGAAGGAGCGUUCUCGUCCAGCUGCAGCUCAUGGAGUCUCUUCCGCCUGUAUCUACGGCCUCCUGGUCUGACAACAGCAGCUCGUUUCUCCCGUUCGGCCCGUCGGUCGCUCCACACUCCACAGACUGGGAGACGAUCUACACCGUCGUCCCUCCCUACAUCUUCAUCCUGUCGCUGCUGGGUCUUCUCCUCAACUGCUUCGUCCUGGCCGUGUUCGCAACCCACAAAGACUGCCUGACCGUGGCGGAGAUCUACCUGUGCAACCUGGCGCUGGCCGACUUCCUGCUGCUGUGUGGCCUCCCGUUCUGGGCCAUGUACAUCCUGAACCACUUCAACUGGUCGUACGGAGAUGCUUUGUGCAAACUGGUCAACUCCAAUGUCGUCAUCAAUUUCUACACCAGCAUCUACACCCUGGUCAUGAUUAGCAUCGACCGCUAUCUGGCGCUGGUGAAAACCAUGAUGGCGCGGUGGCUGAGACAGACACUGUAUGCUAAGAUAGCCUGCUUCGUCCUGUGGAUGUUUGGACUGCUUCUCAGUCUGCCAACAAUAAUUCACAGGAAGGUCAAGUUUAUUGAGGAGUACAAUACCACUUCCUGCAUUCUAGAUUACACCUAUGGAAGUCCUUGGAAGCUUGCCCAUCAGAUUAUGCUGAACGUCUUAGGCUUCGCGCUUCCUCUCCUUGUCAUUGUUUUCAGUAGCUGGAAUAUAAUCAAGGCUUUGGCUCAGAGGACGGAAAAUCUCACAUUUCACGACUUCAACGAUACAAAGGCUACGGUGCUGAUCUACGCCGUCAUGCUGCUAUUUUUACUGUGCUGGGGCCCCUUCCAGGUCCUCACCUUCAUCGACACGCUGUGUGAUGUGGAAGUGCUGGACGGAGAGCUGUGGUCUCAAACUCUCAGCUUGGGCGAUCAGGUUUCCGUGUACCUGGCCUUUCUCAACAGCCUGCUGAACCCGCUGCUCUACGCCUUCUCUGGUCAGUACUUCAGAAGGAAAGUUAUUGCCGUCUACAGGAGGGCCAGACAGCAGCGCAGAGGGUCAGACAUGGCCACACAUCAGCGAUCGCUGGUGUCUACGUUUGUCAACAGAACAGAGCAAUUACAGCCGGUGGUCAUUGUUAAUGCUAAAGAUCAAAUAUGACUCUAAAGACUUCCUCCUCUGCUCUUCAUAUGAUGGCAGGAAGUAGGCGGCAUUAGUAGAGGAUGUUAUUUUACUCUUGUCCACUUUCAUGGUUACAGAUUCAGUGACAUCUUUGUCCUGAACUGUGAGCUUUUUGUAUGUUUUGUUCCUUUUAAAGUCUUGUUUACAUUUAUUGUCAUUUUUCACAGGUGAACAUCUGAAAUAAA